AUGUCGCCAAAGGACGAAGAACUCACAGCCUUCCGCACUCCAAAAGGAAUUUACUGUUACAAGGUGAUGCCAUUUGGCCUCAAGAAUGCAGGUGCGACCUAUCAACGUGCAAUGCAAAAGAUCUUUGGUGACAUGCUUCACAAGAAUGUCAAGUGCUACGUUGAUGACCUGGUGAUCAAGUCAAAAAGAAGAGAAGAUCACUUGAAAGACUUGAGAAUGGUGUUUAACAGAUUGCGGAAGUACCAACUCAAGAUGAACCCAUUGAAGUGUGCUUUCGGCGUUACGUCAGGUAAAUUUCUUGGUUUCAUCGUUAAACAUCGAGGCAUUGAAGUAGACCAGACUAAGAUUAAAGCCAUCCGAGGUAUGCCCAAGCCAAGAAAUUUACAUAAGUUGAAAGGGCGUCUCGCGUUCAUUCGGCGAUUCAUCUCAAACUUAGCAGGAAGGUGUCAGCCGUUCAGUCGCCUUAUGAAAAAAGAUGUUCCAUUUGUUUGGGAUGAAGCUUGUCACAAUGCAUUUGAAAGCAUAAAGAAGUACCUAUCGAGUUCACCACUGUUAGGAGCUCCUAUUCCAGGCAAACCACUCAUAUUGUACAUUGCGGCUCAAGAGAGGUCAAUUGGAGCCCUGUUGGCGCAAGAGAAUGAGUCACAUAACGAGCAAGCACUCUAUUAUCUAAGCCGAACUCUUACUGGUCCCGAACUGAACUACACACCUAUAGAAAAGAUGUGUCUUGCACUUGUCUUUGCUAUUCAAAAGUUAAGGCACUACAUGCAAGCGUUCACGGUUCAUCUAAUUGCGCUAGCUGACCCGGUGAGGUACGUUAUGUCAAAACCAGUCUUGACGGGGCGUUUGGCCAAGUGGGCGUUACUUCUCAAUCAAUAUGAAAUCAUCUACACUCCAGCAAGGGCGGUAAAGGGGCAAGUUGUUGCAGAUUUCCUAGCCGAUCAUCCAAUUCUAGCAGACUGGGAAAUUUCAGAUGACUUACCCGACGAACAAGUCUUCUUCGCUAACGUUUCUCCUACUUGGAUGAUGUUUUUUGACGGAUCAGCUCGUAAAGAUGGGCCGGGGGCUGGCGUAGUCUUCCUGUCACCCCGAGAGACACAAUACCAGGCUUUGAUCAUGGGCUUACAAAUGGUCGUAGAGAUGAAGAUAUCGAGCUUAGAAGUAUAUGGUGACUCCAUGUUAGUGAUCAACCAAUUGUUGACCCACUACGAAGUUAGGAAGGAUGAUCUAAUUCCAUAUCACCAAAUAGUCACGCAAUUACUGGAAAGGUUUGACUUCGUGACGCUAGAGCAUGUGCCAAGAAAGGACAAUCAAAUGGCAGAUGCCUUAGCAAAUCUUGCCGCUACGUUGGCGUUGACAAAAGAUGAAGCGGUGAAUCUUCCAAUUUGCCAACAUUGGGUCGUUCCAUUAACACUUGGGGCAUCACAAGAAUGA